AUGUCAUUGAGCUGGCUCUCAAUUGUCUCAGUUUCUUUUUUCCGACAAAAGAUAUAUAAUUUGAAGAAAAUGAGGAUUGUGCAAUUUAGAAGAAACCGCUUGUUCCACGUAUUAAUUGGCAGUACUCUAACACUGUUAGUUUUGUACAUUCUUCUUAAUUUCUCCUCGGACGAUCAUAUGAACAAUAUAAAAGAAUAUUGGUCACAAGGUCGUGGAAAGAGACAGGUACCAGUACUCAUAGAAGGUUUAGGAAAUUAUGAGCCACGAGAUGUAUCAGUUAGAUCCGGUCCUGGGGAAGGUGGUAAACCACAUAUUUUGAGAGACGAUCAGUUGAACGAUGUCCAGCAAUCGGAAUCUGAUUAUGGUAUGAAUAUGGUGUGCUCUGAUGAAAUCUCAUUGUCGAGAUCGAUACCAGAUACCAGACUCGCACAAUGUAAGCAUUGGAACUAUCCAGAAGAGCUACCACGUACUAGUGUUAUUAUAGUUUUUCAUAACGAAGGUUGGUCUGUUUUACUGCGAACUAUUCAGAGCGUUAUAGAUCGUACUCCAUCAAAGCUACUUGAAGAGGUUCUUCUUGUUGAUGAUUUUUCUGAUAAAGAGAAUUUAAAAAGUGAUUUAGAUUCCAAUAUUGAACAAUGGGGAGGAAAAGUUAGAUUACUUAGAAAUCAUGAAAGACAAGGUUUAAUACGAACGCGAUCUCGAGGAGCACGUGAGGCCAGAGGUGAAGUAAUAGUAUUUUUAGAUGCUCAUUGCGAAGUCAAUGUGAAUUGGCUGCCUCCGCUUUUAGCGCCAAUUGCUGAAAAUAGAAACGUAAUGACUGUUCCUGUGAUAGACGGAAUUGAUCAUAAAACUUUUGAAUAUCGUCCUGUGUAUCAAGAAGGACAUUUGUACAGAGGAAUAUUUGAGUGGGGAAUGUUGUAUAAAGAGAACGAAUUACCCAGGCGGGAAGGCAAAACGCGUGCACAUGACAGUAUGCCGUACAGAUCACCUACGCACGCUGGUGGUUUAUUUGCCAUAAAUCGACAAUACUUUUUAUCAUUGGGUGGAUACGAUGAAGGAUUACUCGUCUGGGGAGGAGAAAAUUUCGAAUUAUCUUUUAAGAUUUGGCAAUGUGGUGGAAGUAUUUUGUGGGUUCCGUGCUCACAUGUUGGGCACGUUUACCGAGGAUUUAUGCCUUACACAUUCGGUAAACUUGCUCAGAAAAAGAAAGGACCAUUGAUAACUAUUAAUUAUAAAAGAGUUAUAGAAACGUGGUUCGAUGAGAAACACAAAGAGUUUUUUUAUACCAGAGAACCUCUGGCUCGAUUGCUCGAUCACGGUGAUAUAUCCGAACAAUUAGCUUUUAAAAAACGCAAGAAAUGUAAGAGCUUCCAAUGGUUCAUCGAUAAUGUAGCAUAUGAUGUGCUAGAUAAAUUUCCAGAAUUGCCACCGAAUGUUCACUGGGGAGAGUUACGUAAUACGGCAUCUGGAUCAUGUUUGGAUACUAUGGGUCACUCGCCUCCAAGUCUUAUGGCUACUUCCCACUGUCAUGGGUUUGGAAAUAAUCAACUUAUCAGGCUGAACGCUAAGGGUCAAUUGGGUGUCGGUGAAAGAUGUAUUGAUGCAGACGGCCAACGUAUAAAAUACGCAUUUUGUCGUCUGGGAACUGUAGACGGUCCAUGGCAAUACGAUGAAAAAACAAAAACAUUAUUACAUAGAGUAUAUAAAAAAUGUAUUGCACUUCAUCCUCAAACUCAACAGUUAUCUUUAAUGCCAUGUGACAUAAACAAUGCUUAUCAGCAAUGGAGUUUUCAUCAAGUCCAUCCAAGAUGGUAAUAUGGAAAAGAGAGACUUUUCUAUUUAUCAAAAUUUGUAAAUUAUUUAAAAUUGUAUGC